AAACUUAUGAGAGAAGGAAAAUGGAAAGACUAUCAAACAUAUCAAGACAGCGUCAGAAGCCAAUCAUAUUCUGGAGGCGUCUAUGAUUAUGAAACUGCCGGAUAUGUUGGAAAAAUUACCGUGGGAACACCACAACAGGAGUUUCGAGUUGUCAUGGAUACAGGCUCUUCAAACUUCUGGAUACCCGACUCGUCUUGUGGAUCACAGCCCUUGUCGUGUGGUAGACCUACUGCCCAAUCCGAUACUUGUUAUGGAAGUAGGUUUAAUUUGCAGAAGUAUGAAUUAACAGGUUUUGAAAAUUUAGGUUACUGUGUUCCCGGUGGUCCAAACACUACAGCAUCUUGCACAACUCAACGGAAAUUCGAUUAUUCAAAGUCCACUUCUGUCAGUGGACUUCUCGGAUACGAUGUCGUCCGGUUCGGUUCACAGUCAGACAAUCAGUUGGUAGUUCCUGGAACAGUUGUCGGUCAAUCUACAAAUAUCGAUGGUAUCAUGGGACUUGGAUUUCAAGAAAACGCUCAACAAGGAAUUGUUCCUCCAUUUGUCAAUGCAUACAGAAAUAAUAUCGUAUCUCCUCUAUUCCACGUUUAUCUUGAAAAAGGACCGAAUGGAGGUGGCCAAAUCACUUAUGGAGGACGCGACAUGCUAAACUGUAAACCAGUGAAUGAGUAUCACCCACUGACCACGUAUUCGUCUUAUCAGUUCUAUCUGACACUGGUUUCUGCUGGAAACUACUACGCAAACAAAGGAUGGACUGCUUUGGCAGAUACGGCAAAUUCAUUUAUCCAGGGACCGGCUGGAGUCAUUGCUGGAAUUGCAGAUGCAGUUGGGAUGAGAAACCUCAUCUUGUUGGCUGCCCUCGUGGCAUCCGCUCUGGCGGCUGUUGUUCAAGUUCCACUCGUCAAGAUCGAGCCAUACAGAAACCGUCUGAUUCGUGAGGGAAGAUGGGUUCAAUACCGUAAGGAUCGUGAGGUCCGUCGUUUUAUGAUGAGUAAACAGUCCAAUGCCGCAUCCGCUGGACAAUAUGUGAACGAUUAUGAAGACGAGGCAUACGUCGGAAACAUCACCAUUGGAACUCCACAACAGCAAAAGGUUAUCCUUGAUACUGGAUCAUCGAACCUUUGGAUUCCGGAUAUCACCUGUGGAACCAAGCCAGAGAACUGCUCAGCGGUUCCAACUUGCCAUGGAAUUCUCUGCCAAUUCGAAUGCGAUGACCAAGCCUGCUGUGGGGCUGGACCAAACUACACCGACUCGUGCCUUCUCCAAGCCAAAUUCGACGCUUCCAAGUCGUCAACCUACACCAACGGAAGAGCAUUCAUCAUUGAAUACGGAACUGGAUCUGCCAGAGGAUUCCUUGGACAGGACACUAUGACUUUCGGAGGGAUCGGAGAGCCACAACUCGCUGUUCCAAACACCGUCUUCGGUCAAGCCACAUCUCUUGCUGCCUUCUUCGAGGGACAACCACUUGAUGGAAUCCUCGGACUUGCCUUCAAGUCAAUUGCCGUUGACCAAGUCACUCCUCCAUUCAUCAAUGCCAUCAACCAAAACCUUGUUGACCUUCCAGUUUUCACUGUCUUCCUUGAGCAUGAAGGAGAUCAAAACGGAGUCAAAGGAGGAGUUUACACAUACGGAGGAAUCGAUUCGACUAACUGCGGACCAGUUAUUGCUUACCAACCACUCUCCUCUGCCACUUAUUACCAAUUCAAAAUGAGUGCUAUCGCUUCUGGAAGCUACCGUGCCUCCAAGGGAUGGCAAGUUAUCUCCGACACCGGAACUUCCCUUAUCGGAGGACCGAAGGCCUACGUCUCUGGACUCGCCGAUGCUGUCGGAGCCACCUGGAGAGACGACUACGGUGUGUACAUUAUCCCAUGUAACGCCAAGAUCGGAACCGUCGACAUCACCAUUGGAAACCAAGUUUAUAACAUUGAUUCCUCCAACACCAUUAUUCCACUUGGAGAUGGCAGCAGCAACUGCAUCUUCGCCAUCUUCCCAUUCAGCAGCGGAGGCUUCGGACCAUCGUGGAUUCUUGGUGAUCCAUUCAUCCGUCAAUACUGCAACAUCUACGAUGUUGGAUCCCAACGUGUCGGAUUUGCCAAGUCCCUCCAAGGANAGUAA